GCCGUUGACAUUGAGGCUGCGAUGCAUGCAGAUGGCAAUGGUUAGGGAAUGUUAAGCUUGCAUACCUCUUCUAUUAGAAUCACCCACUCCUCAGCUCAAUGUCUGAUGAACAACCACAAAGCGGGCCAGCUACGCAACCAGAAGGGGAUUCAGACGCUUCACGAACACGCCGCAGUCACAUCACGCAUCGCACUGUCUCCAGGUUUAUCGAAGCCUCUGAAGAUCUCGACCUAGAAGGUGGCCCCGAGACCAGCGUCGUAGAUCUAAUUCAUUUCUUAACAAAGACGUCACCGCCGCCAUCAAACUACAUGUCCAUACCCGAUAAUUCCAGCAGUGGCACCGAAGACGACAGAUGGGAUAGGCUUAAGAGGAAAAUAUUCCGAUACCGCGGCAAGGCUCGCAAGCGACGACCGCCCGUCAUUAUGCUUCCUGACUCCGCCGUAUCAGCAAGGACUACCGGCGGCCAUCGGUAUAUCGCCAUCUCCAUCCCACUGCAACAUUCGCCGCUGGCGGCGCUCACCAAUCCCCAAUACCCCAUUUACGGCUCUAUAGAAGCUGCCUUCGCGAAGGAAGUAAACUCCAUGUACAGCAUGCCGAGGAAGACUUUCCCUACUCGUCUGGUCCCAGUGCUCAACCCGGUGGUCGAGGACCGCGAGUCGACGGCGUCUAGUUCGCCGGAACGGCCGCCGCGGUCAGCGACGCCUCUGACUAGUGCUUCGCGGAGAGCGAGGUCCCAAUCUAUCCCCCUUUUGCCAAGCCAGGAGCAGCGAUACACUCCCUGUAAACCGAUACACUUAUCCAAGAGCAAGUCCGUCAGCAACACCCGCUCGGUCCCGCCUCUCUCGGACACCACCUUGAAAACACGGGGCGACGAUUGGAAACAUAUAUCCUGGCCCGUCACAGCUGAGUCUAUAAUUAUUCAUCCCUUUGAAAAGCCCACGAUAUUCCCACCGCGAAGAUCGAGCAAGAGAGGCAAGGGCCCGGAAUUAGCACCCUCUGAACCGACCAACCAGCCCGUCGGUACUGCUCAGAAUGCUCCCCCAAGUCCCAUCGAAGGCAACAGCAACAGCAACGGUGAGCGGGGACGUCCCUCCGUCUCCGCAAGCAUAGAUACGACGGGGUCAUCAUCGCCGCAGCUUCUGAAGGCGCAAACCGCCACGGCGGUUCAACCGGUGCCGAUCAUCGUCACGCAAACAGGCUCUACCGGACCCGAAUCGCCGCUGGACCCGACCUUCACCGAGUUCCCAGCAGAGCCAAGGGGCAACAACCCCACAACCUCAUCCGGUCCGCCACCGUCACUGUUCGCAGAGCGAGCCCAGCACAGGAAGAAAACGGUGCGCGAGAGGAAGGCAGGGAAGACAAGGGUCCGGAUAGAGCACAAAGGGAAGGGUAAAGAGCGCGUGUCACGAUCUUACACGCCAGACAUGCCCGCAUCGUCAACAGAGCAACAGCACCAAAGACAAGACACCACCACCACGCCCUCUUCGACAUCGCCAUCCUCAUCCUCAUCGUCGACACAUAGGCGCGGCGCGCAACCCACCGGGCGCCGAGAAAGUCGAGCGGAGCGCGACUCGCGGUUCAUCGCCCGGGCGCUCGCAGAGCAGCGCGAGACGCUAGAGAACCUGUCGCGCGAGGAGCUAAUACAGCGGUACGAGGCGUUGCGCGAGAGCCGCGCGUACGAGCGGGAGCGACGGCUACGCAGGCUCGAGCGCAGCCGCGACACGUGGAUCCGGGCCGUGCCGAUGCUCCUUCAGGACUUGAACGGGCUGUUGCGCGAGCAGCAUCGGCUUCUCGAGGGCUAUGCAUUCCCCGUGCCGGCGGGGCAGUAUCGACACCACCGCGAACCGCGGUCUCGGUCCGUCGAGGCUUCGCCAAGCGCUUCCUUGUCGUCCGGACAUGGUGUCGAUCUUCUCGAAACCCGACGGUCCAAGAGUGUCCACGGCAGCAGCGAAGCUCGCUCGAGUCAUUGAUCGCUUGGACUGCGUUCAGGGUGCAGGAAAAAUAAAUGCCCGCAUUUUAUUGUGUUUCUCCAUUCUUGAUUUGAAACUUCGACGUUAUUGAUUUAGCAUAUGUGACCCGGACAAAUAGGAAUAGCAGCCGAUGGAUGUGUAAGGGGGGAGACAACAGACAUUCCCUUGAAGAUAGUAAUGCAUAAAUGAGUUUUUGGGUUGGCAGUUUAAGCGUCUACGUUGUAUAUAAUGAACAAUGAAU